AAUAGAGGUCAUAGACAACACCGAGCGGUAGGGGUUUAGUUAGUUUCAGCCGUCAAAUAAGACCUUUUCUUUCUGACCCAACCAAGAUGGGUAUUAGCCGUGAUCAUUGGCAUAAACGGAGGGCUACCGGCGGUAAACGAGCGCCGAUCCGUAAGAAGAGGAAGUAUGAGUUAGGUCGCCCGGCUGCCAACACCAAGCUUGGCCCUCAACGUAUUCACUUGGUGCGAGCUCGUGGUGGUAACAUCAAGUAUCGUGCUUUACGUCUAGACACUGGAAACAUUUCCUGGGGAUCAGAAGGAUCCACUCGCAAAACCCGUAUCAUUGAUGUGGUUUACAACGCAUCCAACAAUGAGUUAGUCCGUACCAAAACAUUGGUAAAGAAUGCCAUUGUUGUGGUUGAUGCAACACCAUUCCGGCAGUGGUAUGAGUCUCACUACCUCUUGCCGCUUGGUAGAAAGAAGGGUGCCAAGUUGACUGAAGCUGAAGAAGCUAUUAUCAACAAAAAGCGCAGCAAAAAGACUGCAAAGAAAUAUUUGGCAAGACAGCGCCUCUCAAAGGUUGAAGCUGGUCUUGAGGAGCAAUUCCACACUGGACGUUUAUUAGCAUGCAUAGCAAGUAGGCCAGGCCAGUGCGGCCGAGCCGAUGGUUAUGUACUUGAAGGAAAGGAGUUGGAGUUCUACCUUAGGAAGAUCAAAUCCAAGAGGGCAAAGUAGGGAGAGAUGUAAAAAUAAAUGAAAAAACUAA